GCAUCUUGUGAUCCACUACAAACCCUUAGGAAUGGAAAAAUACACAACAUUGGCAAUGAAAAUGGAGCAUUAGUCUCUUUUUCAUGUAACGAGGGAUUUAAAUUGCAAGGUUUGAGGCAGAUGAAAUGUGUUCAAGGAAAAUGGAACGGCAGUAUUCCAACUUGUGAAGGUUUGAGAUAUGACUAGACCGCAGAGUUUUUGGUGAAAUAUUUCUCCUUUAAGGAAAUAUACGUAAACCAUCUAUUCUUUUUUUUUUUUAAUAAAUAAAUAAAUAAAUAAAUAGAAUAUUUUCGUUCUCUUUCUUGCCCAAAGGCAAUUGCAAGAAUCCAGAACCUUUCAAAAAUGGUUCAAUCAUCGGAGAGGAUUACAGUUCUGGAUCGUCCAUUCAAUAUCGAUGCAACGUUGGUUACGAACUGCUUGGGUCAGAAAUAAUAUCUUGCGUAAAAGGAACAUGGAAUGAGACCACCCCUGAAUGCAAACGUAAGUUGCCGGCAGAUAAGUAUUUUGUGGGUACAGCUUAAUGUAGCACAAUAACCCAGCACCCAGCCAUCACACACGAUUGGUUAGUAAGCUAAGGGAUUUCUCGGUCUUCCAGAAUUCGGUCAACUGGUUCACUGAAAGUUUUGUAAAUCUGUUUUAAGGGUAGUUUUUAAACUAAAAGGGUUAUAAUCGUUGAAAGAUUUAAGAAAAAGAGUUACGGAUCUUAUUAUUUCAAAAGUAGGUUGAGUUUGAUCGUUCAAGUGAACGUAGUCCUGAAUAGGACUGUUGUUGUUGACAGUGACGGACGUGGUAGUCAUCUUCAGAGUCAAAGUGAGUUGUAUCACGUCAGUUGAUGGUAUUAUAUUCUGGUUAUUGAUCCGUGAUUGGUCAAUUACGUCGCGAUGUUAUUGGUCGUCUGUCAGUUAAGCCUUGAUGUUAUUGGCUAUGAAGACUCGUAAUCAGUAAUUGGUGCGUUUCGAUCCGUCUAUUGUCACAGUUAAACAGUCGUCUAUUGCUAGUCAAAUUGUCAGUUCUCCAGUCGUUCUCUCGUAGUUAGUUUUGCUUGAUCUCGUCAAUAAGUCUUUUGUACGGCGCUGGUAACUGUUGGCUACGAUUCAGUGGCGUUUGUUCUAAGUUAGUAAACCAGCUUUCUAAAGUAAGACGUUAAUAGUAGUCUGUAGAAUACGUUAUCCAUGUCGCAGAGUCCCAGUCAAUUUGAUGUUUCGUCUUUAAAUGGUGCUCAGCAAUGUGAUUGUUGACGUCACCAUUCUUCGUCGCGCGUUUGUGUUCGGUCAGUAAUAAAGGUGGACAUGGACAUGGAUAACGUAUUCUACAGACUACUAUCAACGUCUUACUUUAGAAAGCUGGUUUCCUAACUUAGAACAAACGUCACUGAAUCGUAGCCAACAGUUACCAGCGCCGUACAAAAGACUUAUUGACGAGAUCAAGCAAAGCUAACUACGAGAGAACGACUGGAGAACUGACAAUUUGACUAAUAAUAGACGACUGUUUAACUGUGACAAUAGACAGAUCGAAACGUACCAAUUACUGAUUACGAGUCUUCAUAGCCAAUAACAUCACGGCUUAACUGACAGACGACCAAUAACAUCGCGACGUAAUUGACCAAUCACGGAUCAAUAACCAGAGUAUAAUACCAUCAACUGACGUGAUACAACUCACUUUGACUGUGAAGAUGACUACCGCACAGGUUGUCGAAACGUCAGUCACUGUCAACAACAACAGUCCUAUUCAGGACUACGUUCACCCGGACGAUCAAACUCAACCUACUUUUGAAAUGACUCCUGGGUUCAAACCUUUCAUCGAUCUUAUUAUUGCUAACAAGUCUCAAAGCCGCCAUUCUCACAACUCACAAAACCUUGAGCUGUUUAGGAACAUCAUAGUUGGAAUUGGGGCCAUCUUUCGCGCUUCCAAAUCAUUCCCUGUGCGUGCACAAUUUCUUUAAAGUUUGUUAUGUCUGCAUUUACAUGUAUUUAUCUUGUCAAAUCUAAAGUCGUGAAUUGGGAACUCCUAAAAAUGCGUUGUCGGACGGAAAAGAGCUUGAGGGGUUUGCUUUAGCUUUGCCACAACCAUUGAAAUUUCUGGGUAAAUUUUUUCAAUGGCUGCAAAAUGAGUUAGCUCGCAAUUUUGAACCGUUGAAAGAAGAAUUAACUUGUGUUCGUUUAUCCAAGUUGUAGUCUUGAUAUCCCCCAGUCUUGAAUUUCUACAAUAGUUUAUCUGAUAUAUAAACGACAAAUAAAGGUUAAAAAAUUGACUUCCCUGAAAAUAUUACAGCUGUCGAAUGUGGAGAUCCUGGGAAACCAACAAAUGGAAAGCAGAUUGUCAAGAAAGGCUACGUCUAUGGUGGAUCAGUCAAGUUUGUUUGUGACAACAAUUACACUCUAGUGGGGACUGAUCUUAUAUAUUGUCAAGCUAAUAGGAGUUGGAGUUCUUCUCUUCCACGUUGCUUAGGUAAAAUCCAGGACAUUAAUUCCACUCACUAAAUUUUUCUGAUACUCCUGUACAGUUAGAUUUUACGGUCUUAGAAACAUGAUUUAUUUAAAUUACCAGUAGAAAGAGUCACUCUAAUAAGACAUAUGCUAGUUAGUUGUGUAUGGAAAAAAUUAAUUUAGCGCACUCGGCUAGGAAAUAAAAAUAAGUUUAACACUAUUCUGACCGGACAUUUCCUGUCGCUUUUCUUAUGUGGUCAUACGGGGGUAAGACAAGAUUAAUUUGUUCUCCUUCUUCUUUGUUGUUUUUUUUUUAAAUUCAGCUAACUGUCGACCACCUGACGAUAUAAAUCAUGGCCUUAAAUUUGGUAAUAACUACACGCAUGGAAAAACAGUUCGAUAUUUUUGUAACCCUGGGUACGCACUUGAAGGCGAGGCUCAACUGACUUGUGAAGACGGAAGAUGGAACACUGAUACUCCAAAGUGCAAAAGUAGGCAUAGUUUUUUGUUUUUAUAAAUAAGAUCUUGCCCUGAAUUAGAGGAAGUCUUAACCUUUUGUUUCAUUUACAACUUUUGACAUAACGUGGAAUUUUUUCAUUGAUAAAAAGAAUUAGCUCAAAAUUUUGAACUGUUCAUAGGGGAAUUAUCUCGUGUGCACCUAUCCAAGUUGUAGUAAAAAGUUUUUCUUAAUAUCCGGCAUUAUUAUAUGGCAAAGCCAGUCUUAGGAAAAUCCGUGUGCUCUGAUUGGUUCUUUCUCGGUCAGGAUCGGACCGUUUUCACGAAGCCGUGUAUUUUUGUUUUGCAAAAAAAGCCGGCAAACUCAAAAUUUGGAACCAAAACAGCGAAAAAAAAACUGUGAAAAUUGUCAUUCUUCACAGCGAAACUACCAGAAAAAGCUAAAAAGAUUGAAAUUUUACCGAAAUUUCGAACAAACAUUCUCCAAGCGAGUUUUAUUAGGCUGAAGAUCUGGAAACUUUUGAUGCAGAAACUGAAACAGGCAUUACCGAAAGCCAGGAGGCCAUAGACGAUUUUAUCAACCAACAGAGAAGUGCAAACACAAACAAGAAGACGGCUACUGAUAUGAACACUCUUCUGCGCUACAUGGAAGCUAAUGAUGAAAAAUGAGAAAAGUGAAAGCUUACGUGCGUCCGAGCUUAACCACCUUAGUCGAAUUUUUUUGAACGCAUGGCGCAAGAAAAAUGGAGAAGAGUACGAGCCAGCAACAGUUUCCAGUUUUCGGCGCAGUAUACAGCGAUAGUAUUUAACAUACUUAUAUAAGAACAAUUAGUUCGAAAAAUCCAGAAAAGUCCUUGCAGCGAAGCGAAAGCCAGUUGUUCAAGAACACGGCAAAGGAAACAAACCGCAAGCUGCUCAGGCAAUCGAUAACCUUAGAUCAGGCUCUAUUUUCGUUUCGCUUUGAAAAAUGACAUUCCAGCGGGCAAGGCGAAACGGUAGCCGUUAGAGAGAAUGUAUGAGAACCGCUAAAACUGGGCCUGAUCUCAGGUUAACCAUCGACGAAGACGAAGAGGAUACCUUUUUUGAAGCAGGAGAAUUCGGCGACUCCAAUCCAGUUGCGCUUCAAAGAACUGUGUGAUGGUUUUUAUCCCUACACUUCGGUUUCCGAGCAAGAGAUGAAGGUCGUAAGUUACGCUGGGGUGACGUUCAGCUUCAACAGCAGAAUGAUGACCAAGAAGUCUUGGUUUGGUUGGCCUAGCACAGCAAAAAGACCUGACAUGGUCAGGAGAGAGGACACCAAAGAGGGUUCCAACCAUAGGAGGGGGCGGGGGGAAUGUAACUCUAUUGUUUUCUACCUAAGUUUCUUGACCCACUCCGCCAGCCAGUAUGACGUCACAUAGUAACGGGCAAGAGCCUCGGGUCACUUGUGCAAAUUAGCAAGGGAUACGACAGUUAUUUGCACGUGCAGAUAAACCGGAUUCGACUUCCGGCGACGCUGUUUUCCUUUUCUAUGUACCGUUUUUUUUUCCUUGUUUGAUCUCUUUUUUAAACACUAUUUUUCCUGUUGGCCUUUUUUUUCUUUAUUCUUACGGCUGACCCUGGUGGUCAUGCACUUCAAUCAAUAUAUAUUUUUAAGCUGAGUCCGGAGUGUUAUUAUGGAAAAGGGAUUUCAAAACGUCUUGAUCUGCAUACUGGCCAAGCUUACGACCAGAUAAAAACCAUAAGCUGUCAAGACAUGCCCCUCCUCUGAAACAGCUGAAUUUUUUUCAAUGUUAGUUGACAUCAUGACAAACAACACACAGCUUACCACAAACUGUACUAAUUUACACCCAACACCCACCAGUGACCCACUGGCGAAAGUUAAACAUCGUCGUAAUCAUCACGAUAUUAUUACCCUAAAAUCUCCACUGGUUUUGUCCCCAAAAGAUGAUUAAACGAAACCUUUUAUUGGUUUUCGGGAUUUAAUUACAAAAUUACAGGUGUAUGCCCAAUACAGUAUUAAAAUGCGGUAAAGCAAAAAGAUUCAGUGCUCACAGUCUCUCACAAAUACCCGUCAUUUAGCGUCCUCUUUCAACGCUACAGCAAAGCGAACUUUCAGAGGAGUGAUAUGGGGUUCCACUAGCUCUGAAGAGCUGAAAAUACACACAGUGUAAAGUAUAAUACAUCCUUUGAUGAACCUCCUAUUGCUGUGUCUAAACUCCUCAAUCUUGCUGUGCACUGGCCCUCAAAAGUGUGACCGGUCGGUAUGAUUGCGCGUAAAAUUUGCUCGACGAUAGAAAGGAAUGUUUAAAAUUCAUUACACCACUGGAAAUUUCAUUCCAAAAAAGUACUAAGUCUAGUUUUCUAUGACAAUAGAAACCUUAAAAUCUCCAAAUCCAAGAAAUCGGAACAGUAUUUCCGUGAUAAAAUCGAAAUUUUUAUCCGUCUCUUCGAUGAACACUUUGCUCGCCAUAGUUUUGAAAGUCACUGACGAGAGGCGUGACGUCAUACUGGCAGGCGGACUGUACCACAGAUCUCCUUGGAGACACCUCCCCCCCUGGUUCCAACCAAAGAUUUAUGCCACCAAUACAGCAAGAUGUCCUGUCAGUUUUUACAAAAACUUCCGCAGUCACCGGCCAACGGAAAUGAACGCACCAAAGUCACCAUUUUACUUAGCGGUCAGGCAUAAUCGACGAUCAAAUGAAGAAGUUUGGUAUAUGAAUGCACCCCUCGGAAAAAAUGAAAUAGGAAAGUUUCUGUCCACUGCAGCGAAGAAUGCUGGCCUUCACAGAGAGGGAAAAAAAGUAACCAAUCAUUCUGUCAGGAAAACCUGUAUUUCGAGGCUCCUUGAUGCUCAUGUUCCAGAGAACUUUGUAGCCUAACUGAGUGGCCACAAAAGCGGGGAGAGUUUACAGUCCUACAAGUCCGCCAGUGGUAAACACCAAAAGAGGAUCUCCUUGACCCUCUGCAGAGCUGAUCGUUCUGGAACCAGAAAUGAAGCUUUAUCAAGUGUCCAUAAUCAAGGGUUUGAAGUAGUAACUCGCUCGACUACAGACAUCGCUGCAAGUUCGACAACAAAUACAUUGAUUGAUCCGUCAAGCGAUCCGUUUUAUUCUGUCUUCCAACGUUCCAGUUUUUACAGGUGCAAACAUAGGAUCCAUCAACGGGUGCACAUAUAUUUCAGGGUAGUGUGAAUAUUGUCCAGAAUGAAAGGAAGCGUCGAAUUGUCAUCGAGAGCGAUGAGGACGAUUGACUAUGUUUUAUCAACUUUGUCCAGUUUUAAUUUAAUUUUCACAGCUUCACUUGACACUGACUUGAUCCAUAUUUUGUAAUCAAGAAAAUGUUAUUUGAUCUCGAAAAACCCUUUAUUCGAAUUUUAGAAUCAACAAUUGCUUUUGUCAGAUUCCGUUACAAAGCAUUUUUGAAGUUUUGUUUAAGCUGAUUUCAGACGAUUUCACAUUCAAUAAAUUUGUUUUUCGAACUCGUGGUAGCUUGCUUUUGUCUAGCCUGCGUAGCAAGCGUGUGUUUUCUCCCGUUCCGACGUUCUCGACGAACUCGCGCGGAAACGCUUGCUACACAGGCUAGCUUUUGUCUGAGUUGCUUACAUCAUCACGCAUACGUCACGGCGGAAGCCCUUUAAGUGCAAGCCACCGGAAGUGCAUUUUACUAUCAGAAACAGAGUGCCACAUAAUAACCAACUUACUAACCGAGCUUGUUCGAACCGUACUAGGGUAUAUUGGCCCUCGAUCGUGGCAUUACGGACCUCGACGGCCCUCGCGCUUGGUUAAUAAGCAGUUAAUAUGCAUUUCAUAUACUAGUUUAUAUGUAAGCGACAAAGCCUAAAAUAUUCACUUUCCUACAAUUCUUAUUAUAGCUGUUGAGUGUGAUGAUCCUAGCAAACCAAAAAAUGGAGAGCAAAUUGUCAAGAAAGGCUACGUCUAUGGUGGAUCAGUCAAGUUUGUAUGUGACAAGAAUUACACUCUAGUGGGGACUGAUGUUAUAUAUUGUCAAGCUAAUAGGAGUUGGAGUUCCUCUGUUCCACGUUGCUUAGGUAAGUGCCAUGGGUAAGAGAAAAUAAAUGACAUUAAUCCGCUAACUAAUUUUGUCAAAGAUAUCUUAAUAGUAGAAAACGACAGUUCAAUUUUUGGUCGUUAAACCAUGAUUUAUACAUAAAUUCGCAGUAGCAAUAUUGUAGCUUUUAAUCGACAAAAGUUCUACAAAAGACGACAAAGGUUCGUUGUACCAAAAAAUUAACUUAUCGUCACACGGAAUAAACAAAAGUUUAACCCUAAUCUGACAAUGCUUUUUCCCUUUUCUGGCUUCCUAAGACAGGGGAUGUAAAUGUAAAAGUAAAAAAAAAACUGCUGAUAAUUAACACUGUUGAACACUGUUAAAAUUUGAAUCCAAUAUCUACCAUUAAGUCAUUUUAUGUUCAGUUUUUCUUUUACCGAAACGGCGUCCAUAUAAUUAGAUUUAAGGAGUAUUAUGGGAUGCCAAGGGGUGGGGGGGGGCAUGAGCACCAUCCGAUACACUUACUCAGUAUUUAGGCGCCGUUUUCGUGGCAAUUUUUCUGAACGUUUUCCAAGAAUAAGAUCGUAAUGCGAAGAAAGAACUUUGUACCGGGUUUGGAUGUAAUAAUGAUCGCCUUUUACCCGAGAAAUAGUACACGGAAAGACGAUACCAUUUUCUUCGGAGUGUCCACAAUUUUAAUUGCUUCUUUUUUCUUUUGCUGCUUAGAAUUAUUAUCUGACUUCUUCCUCUUACUAAUAAUUGGUUGUACUGGAAGCAUGUCCAUGGGAGAUCUAGAAUUUCUCUUGCGUCUUACUAUUUCCCUUUCAAAGCGCUUCAGAAAGAGAGUGGGCUGAGGAUGACUGUCAACCGGUCUUCCAAAUUUAAAAUGAUAUGGGUAAACUUAAUUAGUAUUUUUGUUCACCUAAUCUCUUUUGGCUCAGUAGUCUCGUCCAAGUAGCCAAGUGCCUGUGCUAUUUGCAAGAGCAGAAUUAACGUACCUCCGAAGAAACUGGUAUGGUUCUUUCACCAACUAUUUCUUGGGAAACGCGGCGAUCAUUAUUACCCCCAAAUAAAACACAACGGUCUUUUUUCCCAUUACAAACAUAUUCUAGGAAAACUUUCGGAACAUCAGUAGGUGUAUUAUGGGAGAAGUGCGAAUUUGGUCACCAAAAGGCCUUGACUGAAUUAACAGUUAUAACAAAAAUUUAAAUAAUUCUAAAUUGAGUGUGAUACAAUAUUUCAGCCAGAAAACCUUGAAAUAAAUCAGUUUUUAUAGAAAAAAGACGAAUUUCGUAAAACAAGGCUGUUACACCAGGGUUGCCAUGGUAACGUUAAAGUUGACGUACAGGUCCCCUUGCUUUUAAAAUGUUCUUAGAUUAUUUUUUAGGACUAUUUGCUAAGUUUGAUUUCAUAGUUUGAACUAUUUUGAAGAUAUUCAAAGAUGUUCCUUGGUCUCAAAAGGUAAAAUCCAAAUCAAAAUAACUCAGUGAGUUAGUUUCUAUAAAGAACUAAAGAAAUAAGGAGCAAUUUUUUUUGUUCCCUUACUUUUUUCUGUAGCUAAGCUUGAUUUUUUUCUUUCUGAUUAAGCUAACUGUCGCUCACCUGGUGUUUUAAAUCAUGGUCUUAAAAUCGGUAAUAACUAUUCACACGGAAAAACAGUUCGAUACCUUUGUAACCUUGGGUACACACUUGAGGGCGAGGCUGAACUGUCUUGUGUAGAUGGAAGAUGGAACACUGCCACUCCCAAGUGUAAAGGUAAGCGUUUAUUCUUGUUUUGUAAAAUAAAAGCUUAUGUUGAUUUUGGAGGUAAAGCGGGUUGUUUUAUUUAAAACUUUUUAAAUUGCGUGACAGAUUUCGGUAAUGGUUGCAACUUUGAACCGUUUAAAGAAGAAUUAGCUCGCGUGGGUCUUGCUAUCUUCAUUUCUUGUAUUAGUUCAUUAUAUGUAAACGACAAAGGCUACAAAAUUAACCACCCUAUAAUUAUUAUAGCUGUUGAGUGUGGUGAUCCUGGAAAACCAGCAAACGGAAAGCAGAUUGUCAAGAAAGGCUACGUCUAUGGUGGAUCAGUCAAGUUUGUUUGUGACAAGAAUUACACUCUUGUGGGGGCUGAUGUUAUAUAUUGUCAAGCUAAUAGGAGUUGGAGUUCCUCUGUUCCACGUUGCUUAGGUAAGUGCCAUGGGUAAGAGAAAAUAAAAGACAUUAGUCCCGCUAACUAUUUUUUUCCAAAAAGUUUUUUAAAGGGGUAAAACACAGUUACACUUCGUGGUCGUUAAAAACUGAUCUAUACUUAACUUAGCAGUAGAAAUAUUGUAGCUUUUAAACAGCAAAAGUUCGACAAAACACGACAAAACGUAUCGUCAUAGUUAAUAAACGAGAGUUUAACCUUAAUCUGACCAUGCUUUUUUUUUUCCUUUUCUUGCUUCCUAAGGCAGGGAAACGUGGGAGGCUCCCCUCUGUAACUUAAAACAGAUCAUAACACAUCCGCCAAAAUUAUACUUAACAAUGUACUCAUCACUUUCAACAUCUAGGGAUAACUACUAAGGUACUUAUGACGUAACAUUGUUAUGAGUUAUAAGCAGAAUCCAAAUUUCAUUUUUUUUGCCUAGGAGAAGCCAUGAAGCAAAAAAUGCUAAAAUAGUGAAAUGUUUGAAAUUAUGAAGUUGGCUGACACACGGAUAAUCUUUAACAAUUGCAGAGACGUCAUGGUGACUUUGUUUAUUAAACCAACGCCAUAUUAAAUCUGCCAUUUUGAAUUAAUUUUGUUCAAAACCGAGUGAUGCUCAAUGUACCAACACAAUAUAUGCACUAUUGUGUCGUUUCAUUGUGUGGAGAUAAUUGUGUUAUUGUUUACGCGGGUUAGGGAUCAUUGUUGUGUUCUUUGUGACGUAACUCUAGAUUGCUAUUCACUUGAUAUAUAGUGCACCAGCUCAAUUAAUAACCCGUGUAAAUCGAGGAAACCGUGAUAUUAAAUACAACCUGUAUAUUAAAAUAUGUUUAAAAAGCAAAAAAUAAAAUAAAAAAAGUAAAAAUACCGAUGUAAAUUUAAAAUUAAAAGGAAAAAAAGAAGAAAAAAUGCUAGUAAUUAACUGUGUUGAACACUGUUGAAAUUUGAAUCCAACUUCUACCAUUAAGCAAUUUUAUAUUCAAGAUUUUGAAUUGGCGAUUUGCACUUCUGCCAUGAGACACCUCGUUUGCCCCCUAAAGUUUUCCAUAACCUUUGUUUGUGAUUUCUCCUGGGUAUUGCAGUUUUUCCAGAAAACGAAGACAAUACUUAUGCAAAUUUUUGAUGGCAAACAAGGUGCAUUAUGGCAGAUGUGGAAAUGGCGAAUUUAGUCAUCAAAAAACCUGGAUUAAAUUAACAUUUAUAAUAAAUAUAUAAAAUAAUUCUAAGUUUAUUGGGAUACAAUAUUCAAUAAAUAAACCUUAAAAUAAAUCGAUCCAAUUAUUUUAUAUAGUAAAAAAGGCAAGUAUUGUAAAAUAAGCCUGUUAAAACCUCGGUUACCAUGGUAACGUCAAAAUUGACGUACAGGUCGCAAUAAUUUUAAAAUGCUAUUUGAUCAUUUUAACAAACAUCUAUUAAAUUUGUUGUCAUACACGUAGUUUGAAUUAUUUUGAAGAUAUUUGGGUCCUUCAACGCCCCUGAAUCAGGUAAAAGCAAAAUAAGGAAGAAUUCAGUCAGUUAGUUUCUUAUGAACUAAAGGCAUAACGAGCAAUUUAUUAUAUUCCCUUCCUUUUUUUCCGUUGCUAAGCUUGUUUUUUUUUUUUCGUUUUUGAUUAAGCUAACUGUCGCUCACCUGGUGAUUUACAUCAUGGUCUUAAAAUCGGUAAUAACUACACGCACGGAAAAACAGUUCGAUACUCUUGUAACCUUGGGUACACACUUGAGGGCGAGGCUGAACUGACUUGUGUAGAUGGAAGAUGGAACACUGCCUCUCCCAAGUGUAAAGGUUAGCAUGCAUUCUUGUCUUCUAAGAUAAAAGCUUGUGCUGAUUUUGGAGCAAAAGCGGGUUGUUUUAUUUGCAACUUUUAAAUUGCGUGAGAGAUUUCGGUAAUGGUUACAAAUGAAUUACAUAACCCGUAACUUUGAACCUUUUAAAGAAGAAUUAGCUCGAGUGCGUCUGUUCAAGUUGCAGUUACUUAAUACCCUGCUGUCUUCAUUUCUUGUAUUAGUUCAUUAUAUCUAAAUGACAAAGGCUAAAUAAUUAACCACCCUUUAAUUAUUACGAUAGCUGUUGAGUGUGGUAAUCCUGGAAAACCAACAAACGGAAAGCAGAUUGUCGGGAAGGGCUACGUCUAUGGUGGAUCAGUCAAGUUUGUUUGUGAAAAGAAUUACACUCUAGUGGGGACUGAUGUUAUAUAUUGUCAAGCUGAUAGGAGUUGGAGUUCCUCUGUUCCACGUUGCUUAGGUAAGUGCCAUGGGUAAGAGAAAAUUAAAGACAUUUACCCUCAUCAGUUUUUGCCUUAAAGUGUAAAUAAGAGUAAGAUUAAAUGCUCGUAGAAACAUAAUUAGCGGUAGAAAAUUGUAGCUUUUUACAAAUACGUAUUAAUACUACUUGUUCGAACAAUUUAACUUAGUGUGCUGAAUAAAACUGAGAGAAAGGCAAGUUAACGAUUAAUUUACUAUGAAAUUUGGUCUUAAAGAACAAAUCAUUCGUUUACCCUGGCUAGGUUUUGUGUUAUUAAGAUUUUUCUUUCUGUUCAAAUUAAAGCUAACUGUGGAUCCCCUGGUGAUAUAAAUCACGGCCUUAAAAUUGGUAAUAACUACAAGCACGGAAAGACAGUUCGAUACUCUUGUGACGCUGGGUUCACACUUGAAGGCGAGGCUGAAGUGACUUGUGAAGAGGGAACAUGGAAUACUGAUACCCCCAAGUGCAAAGGUACAUUCGUAAGCGUGCAUGAAUUUGUAUUUAGAGAGAUAUAGCUUGUAACCUGGGACUAGGAUCCGUAUUGGGGGAAAAAGGAAAAAAUAUCGGCGUGGUUGAAAAAAAAAUGAAAAUAAAUCGGCGGGCGAAGCGAGCUGAGAGGUAGUCUGGGAAGGAAAAAGGGUGGCGGAGCCUGGAGACAUGCCUUUGAUGACGCCGAUCCGCCCUCCAGCAAUAACUUGUCAUUCAAACUUUCAACACUUCAGCGCGUCAGGUUAUUAUGUCGCUUCUGUAAAAAAGAUAUUUAAAUUCGAGAUAAAGCCGUAAGAGUGUAAGCAAAGAGAUCUACUUAACUUCAAUCGCCAACUCGAGUACCACCAGCUCCGGCCAAGAGAAAUAAAGACGUUUCAGAGGAAAAUGCACCGCGUUCGGCCGGUGAAGAACAGCCGAAUAGAUUCUCAAGGAGAUCCCUCACGGUUCGCAUCAUAAUGCUCGUUUACAUAGCUUCUUAUGAUGUACCAAAUGAAAUAUUGCUAUUGGUGGAAUUUUUUUUUCCGCAGAGGAAUAAUGUGUAAAUUUACUCACCUUACGCGACGGGGACCUGAGUUUUUGGAAAGUCUCGGUAGUGACCUAUCCAGGAAAUCUGAGUGUUUUGUUUAGGUAUUUAACUUGACGAUCGAGGUUAUAAUACUUUUAAAAGAGGUACAAAGAAAGCUAUCAGAUAAAGAAACAAAUAAUAGACUGGUUAGUUUUGAUACUCAGGUUUUAAUUCAAGAAAAUGGCUUUAGGCUGGAAAAUUUGCAGGGACUUUUAAGAAACGCGCAACACAUCCAAUCCUACACAGGUAAAGGUGAAGGUAUGUGCGACCACGCGAGCUGUUCGCGGUCUUCUUGUUUUCCAAAAUAGACUGUUGUAUUGAUUUUGGAGCUUAAUGUUGUUGUUGUUGUUUUUUUUUGCAAAUUUUAAUGUUGUGUAGGAGAUUUUUGAAAUGGCUGCAAAAUCAAUAAGCCUUCAAAUUGUAACUGUCAAAUGAAGAAAUAACUCGAGUGCAUCUUCUCGAGUUGCUCUCAAAGUGUCCCUCGUAUUCUAUGAUCUUUAUUUCCCAUACUUGUUUAAUUUUAAAGGACAAAGAUUAAAGAUUUAGAUCCCUUGCAAUUAUUAUAGCUGUUGAGUGUGGUGAUCCUGGCAAACCCACAAAUGGAAGGCAGAUUGUCAAGAAAGGCUACGUCUAUGGUGGAUCAGUCAAGUUUGUUUGUGACAAGAAUUACACUCUAGUGGGGGCUGAUGUUAUAUAUUGUCAAGCUAAUAGGAGUUGGAGUUCGUUUGUUCCACGUUGCUUAGGUAAGUGCCAUGGGUAAAAGAAAAUAAAAGACAUUAGUCCCGCUAACUAAUUUUUUCAAAGGGUUCUUUAUAGUAAAAAACGACAGUUCAAUUUUUGGUCGUUAAAAAAUGAUCUAUACAUAAAUUAUCAGUAGCAAUAUCGUAUCAAUAUAACUCAGUGAGUUAGUUUCUAUAAAGAACUAAAGUAAUAACGAGCAAUUUGUUUUGUUCCCUUACUUUUUUCGGUAGCUAAGCUUGAUUUUUUUUCUUUCUGAUUAAGCUAACUGUCGCUCACCUGGUGUUUUAAAUCAUGGUCUUAAAAUCGGUAAUAACUAUACACACGGAAAAACAGUUCGAUACUCUUGUAACCUUGGGUACACACUUGAGGGCGAGGCUGAACUGUCUUGUGUAGAUGGAAGAUGGAACACUGCCACUCCCAAGUGUAAAGGUUAGCGUUCAUUCUUGUUUUUUAAAAUAAAAGCUAGUGUUGAUUUGGGAGGUAAAGCAGGUUGUAUUAUUUGCAACUUUUAAAUUGCGUGACAGAUUUCGAUAAUGGUUGCAAAGUGAAUUACAUACCCCGCAACUUUGAACCGUUUAAAGAAGAAUUAGCUCGCGUGCGUCUAUUCAAGUUGCAGUCACUUAAUACCCUGCUAUCUUCAUUUCUUGCAUUAGUUCAUUAUAUGUAAAAGACAAAGGCUAAAAAACUAACCACCAUGUAACUACUAUAGCUGUUGAGUGUGGUGAUCCUGGAAAACCAACAAACGGAAAGCAGAUUGUCGGGAAGGGCUACGUCUAUGGUGGAUCAGUCAAGUUUGUUUGUGACAAGAAUUACACUCUAGUGGGGACUGAUGUUAUAUAUUGUCAAGCUGAUAGGAGUUGGAGUUCCUCUGUUCCACGUUGCUUAGGUAAGUGCCAUGGGUAAGAGAAAAUUAAAGACAUUUACCCUCAUCAGUUUUUGCCUUAAAGUGUAAAUAAGAGUAAGAUUAAAUGCUCGUAGAAACAUAAUUAGCGGUAGAAAAUUGUAGCUUUUUACAAAUACGUAUUAACACUACUUGUUCGAACAAUUUAACUUAGUGUGCUGAAUAAAACUGAGAGAAAGGCAAGUUAACGAUUAAUUUACUAUGAAAUUUGGUCUUAAAGAACAAAUCAUUCGUUUACCCUGGCUAGUUUUUGUGUUAUUAAGAUUUUUGUUUUUGUUCAAAUUAAAGCUAACUGUGGAUCCCCUGGUGAUAUAAAUCACGGCGUAAAAAUUGGUAAUAACUACAAGCACGGAAAGACAGUUCGAUACUCUUGUGACGCUGGGUUCACACUUGAAGGCGAGGCUGAAGUGACUUGUGAAGAGGGAACAUGGAAUACUGAUACCCCCAAGUGCAAAGGUACAUUCGUAAGCGUGCAUGAAUUUGUAUUUAGAGAUAUAUAGCUUGUAGCCUGGGACUAGGAUCCGCAUUGGGGGAAAAAGGAAAAAAUCGGCGUUACUGAGAAAAAAAAAGAAAUCGGCGAGCGAAGCGAGCUGAGAGGUAGUCUGGGGAGGAAAUAGAGUGGCGGAGCCUGGAGACAUGCCUUUGAUGCCGCCGAUCCGCCCUCCAGCAAUUAACUUGUCAUUGAAAUUUCAACAAUUCAGCACGGCAGCUUUUUAUGUCACUUUUGUAAAAAAAUAUUUGAAUUCGAGAUGAAGCCGUAAGAGUGCAGACAAAGCGAUCUAUAACCUCGUUCCCAGGGUUCUCUCCUACUAUCUCUCGUUCCGUAGGGCGGGUAGGAGAGAGCCCUGGGAACGAGGUUGAGAGAUCUACUGAACUUAAAUCGACAACUCGAGUACCACCAGCUCCGGCCAAGAGAAAUAAAGACGUUUCAGAGGAAAAUGCACCGUGCUCGGCCGGUGAAUAACAGUCGAAUAGAUUCUCAAGGAGAUCCCUUAUGAUCACAGUUCGCAUCAUAAUGCUCGUUUACAUUGCUUCUUAUGAUGUACGAAAUGAAAUAUUGCUAUUGGUAGAAGUUUUUUUUUUUCCGCAGAGGAAUAAUGUGUAAAUUUACUCACCUUACGCCACGGGGACCUGAGUUUUUGGAAAGUCUCAGUAGUGACCUAUCCAGGAAAUCUGAGUGUUUUGUUUAGGUAUUUAACUUGACGAUCGAGGUUAUAAUACUUUUAAAAGAGGUACAAAGAAAGCUAUCAGAUAAAGAAACAAAUAAUAGACUGGUUAGUUUUGAGACUCGGGUUUUAAUUCAAGAAAAUGGCUUUAGGCUGGAAAGUUUGCAGGGACGUUUAAGAAACGCGCAACACAUGCUAUCCUAUACAUGGUGAAGGUAUGUGCGACCACGCGAGCUGUUCGCGGUAUCCAUUCUCUUCUGAAGCUUUUAUGAGCCUCUUCUUGUUUUCCAAAAUAGAAGGUUGUAUUGAUUUUGGAGCUUAAUGUUGUUGUUGUUGUUUUUUUGCAAAUUUUAAUGUUAUGUAGGAAAUAUUUGAAAUGGCUGCAAAAUAAAUAAGCCCUCAAAUUGUAACUGUCAAAUGAAGAAUUAACUCGAGUGCAUCUUCUCGAGUUGUUCUCAAAGUGUCCCUGGUAUUCUAUGAUCUUCAUUUCCCAUACUUGUUUAAUUGUAAAGGACAAAGUUUAAAGAUUUAGAUCCCUUGCAAUUAUUAUAGCUGUUGAGUGUGGUGAUCCUGGCAAACCCACAAAUGGAAGGCAGAUUGUCAAGAAAGGCUACGUCUAUGGUGGAUCAGUCAAGUUUGUUUGUGACAAGAAUUACACUCUAGUGGGGGCUGAUGUUAUAUAUUGUCAAGCUAAUAGGAGUUGGAGUUCGUUUGUUCCACGUUGCUUAGGUAAGUGCCAUGGGUAAAAGAAAAUAAAAGACAUUAGUCCCGCUAACUAAUUUUUUCAAAGGGUUCUUUAUAGUAAAAACGACAGUUCAAUUUUUGGUCGUUAAAAAAUGAUCUAUACAUAAAUUAUCAGUAGCAAUAUCGUAUCAAUAUAACUCAGUGAGUUAGUUUCUAUAAAGAACUAAAGUAAUAACGAGCAAUUUGUUUUGUUCCCUUACUUUUUCGGUAGCUAAGCUUGAUUUUUUUCUUUCUGAUUAAGCUAACUGUCGCUCACCUGGUGUUUUAAAUCAUGGUCUUAAAAUCGGUAAUAACUAUACACACGGAAAAACAGUUCGAUACUCUUGUAACCUUGGGUACACACUUGAGGGCGAGGCUGAACUGUCUUGUGUAGAUGGAAGAUGGAACACUGCCACUCCCAAGUGUAAAGGUUAGCGUUCAUUCUUGUUUUUAAAAUAAAAGCUAGUGUUGAUUUGGGAGGUAAAGCAGGUUGUAUUAUUUGCAACUUUUAAAUUGCGUGACAGAUUUCGAUAAUGGUUGCAAAGUGAAUUACAUACCCCGCAACUUUGAACCGUUUAAAGAAGAAUUAGCUCGCGUGCGUCUAUUCAAGUUGCAGUCACUUAAUACCCUGCUAUCUUCAUUUCUUGCAUUAGUUCAUUAUAUGUAAAAGACAAAGGCUAAAAAACUAACCACCAUGUAACUACUAUAGCUGUUGAGUGUGGUGAUCCUGGAAAACCAACAAACGGAAAGCAGAUUGUCGGGAAGGGCUACGUCUAUGGUGGAUCAGUCAAGUUUGUUUGUGACAAGAAUUACACUCUAGUGGGGACUGAUGUUAUAUAUUGUCAAGCUGAUAGGAGUUGGAGUUCCUCUGUUCCACGUUGCUUAGGUAAGUGCCAUGGGUAAGAGAAAAUUAAAGACAUUUACCCUCAUCAGUUUUUGCCUUAAAGUGUAAAUAAGAGUAAGAUUAAAUGCUCGUAGAAACAUAAUUAGCGGUAGAAAAUUGUAGCUUUUUACAAAUACGUAUUAAUACUACUUGUUCGAACAAUUUAACUUAGUGUGCUGAAUAAAACUGAGAGAAAGGCAAGUUAACGAUUAAUUUACUAUGAAAUUUGGUCUUAAAGAACAAAUCAUUCGUUUACCCUGGCUAGGUUUUGUGUUAUUAAGAUUUUUGUUUUGUUCAAAUUAAAGCUAACUGUGGAUCCCCUGGUGAUAUAAAUCACGGCGUAAAAAUUGGUAAUAACUACAAGCACGGAAAGACAGUUCGAUACUCUUGUGACGCUGGGUUCACACUUGAAGGCGAGGCUGAAGUGACUUGUGAAGAGGGAACAUGGAAUACUGAUACCCCCAAGUGCAAAGGUACAUUCGUAAGCGUGCAUGAAUUUGUAUUUAGAGAUAUAUAGCUUGUAGCCUGGGACUAGGAUCCGCAUUGGGGGAAAAAGGAAAAAAUCGGCGUUACUGAGAAAAAAAAAGAAAUCGGCGAGCGAAGCGAGCUGAGAGGUAGUCUGGGGAGGAAAUAGAGUGGCGGAGCCUGGAGACAUGCCUUUGAUGCCGCCGAUCCGCCCUCCAGCAAUUAACUUGUCAUUGAAAUUUCAACAAUUCAGCACGGCAGCUUUUUAUGUCACUUUUGUAAAAAAAUAUUUGAAUUCGAGAUGAAGCCGUAAGAGUGCAGACAAAGCGAUCUAUAACCUCGUUCCCAGGGUUCUCUCCUACUAUCUCUCGUUCCGUAGGGCGGGUAGGAGAGAGCCCUGGGAACGAGGUUGAGAGAUCUACUGAACUUAAAUCGACAACUCGAGUACCACCAGCUCCGGCCAAGAGAAAUAAAGACGUUUCAGAGGAAAAUGCACCGUGCUCGGCCGGUGAAUAACAGUCGAAUAGAUUCUCAAGGAGAUCCCUUAUGAUCACAGUUCGCAUCAUAAUGCUCGUUUACAUUGCUUCUUAUGAUGUACGAAAUGAAAUAUUGCUAUUGGUAGAAGUUUUUUUUCCGCAGAGGAAUAAUGUGUAAAUUUACUCACCUUACGCCACGGGGACCUGAGUUUUUGGAAAGUCUCAGUAGUGACCUAUCCAGGAAAUCUGAGUGUUUUGUUUAGGUAUUUAACUUGACGAUCGAGGUUAUAAUACUUUUAAAAGAGGUACAAAGAAAGCUAUCAGAUAAAGAAACAAAUAAUAGACUGGUUAGUUGUGAGACUCGGGUUUUAAUUCAAGAAAAUGGCUUUAGGCUGGAAAGUUUGCAGGGACGUUUAAGAAACGCGCAACACAUGCUAUCCUAUACAUGGUGAAGGUAUGUGCGACCACGCGAGCUGUUCGCGGUAUCCAUUCUCUUCUGAAGCUUUUAUGAGCCUCUUCUUGUUUUCCAAAAUAGAAGGUUGUAUUGAUUUUGGAGCUUAAUGUUGUUGUUGUUGUUUUUUUGCAAAUUUUAAUGUUAUGUAGGAAAUUUUUGAAAUGGCUGCAAAAUAAAUAAGCCCUCAAAUUGUAACUGUCAAAUGAAGAAUUAACUCGAGUGCAUCUUCUCGAGUUGUUCUCAAAGUGUCCCUGGUAUUCUAUGAUCUUCAUUUCCCAUACUUGUUUAAUUGUAAAGGACAAAGUUUAAAGAUUUAGAUCCCUUGCAAUUAUUAUAGCUGUUGAGUGUGGUGAUCCUGGCAAACCCACAAAUGGAAGGCAGAUUGUCAAGAAAGGCUACGUCUAUGGUGGAUCAGUCAAGUUUGUUUGUGACAAGAAUCACACUCUAGUGGGGACUGAUGUUAUAUAUUGUCAAGCUAAUAGGAGUUGGAGUUCGUUUGUUCCACGUUGCUUAGGUAAGUGCCAUGGAUAAAAGAAAAUAAAAGAUAUUAGUCCCGCUAACUAAUUUAUUCAAAGGGUUCUUAAUAGUAAAGAACGACAGUUCAAUUUUUGGUCGUUAAAAAAUGAUCUAUACAUUAAUUAUCAGUAGCAAUAUCGUAUCAAUAUAACUCAGUGAGUUAGUUUCUAUAAAGAACUAAAGAAAUAACGAGCAAUUUGUUUUGUUCCCUUACUUUUUUCGGUAGCUAAGCUUGAUUUUUUUUCUUUCUGAUUAAGCUAACUGUCGCUCACCUGGUGUUUUAAAUCAUGGUCUUAAAAUCGGUAAUAACUAUACACACGGAAAAACAGUUCGAUACUCUUGUAACCUUGGGUACACACUUGAGGGCGAGGCUGAACUGUCUUGUGUAGAUGGAAGAUGGAACACUGCCACUCCUAAGUGUAAAGGUUAGCGUUCAUUCUUGUUUUUUAAAAUAAAAGCUAGUGUUGAUUUGGGAGGUAAAGCAGGCUGUAUUAUUUGAAACUUUUAAAUUGCGUGACAGAUUUUGAUAAUGGUUGCAAAGUGAAUUACAUACCCCGCAACUUUGAACCGUUUAAAGAAGAAUUAGCUCGCGUGCGUCUAUUUAAGUUGCAGUUACUUAAUACCCUGCUAUCUUCAUUUCUUGCAUUAGUUCAUUAUAUGUAAAAGACAAAGGCUAAAAAACUAACCACCCUGUAAUUAUUAUAGCUGUUGAGUGUGGUGAUCCUGGAAAACCAGCAAACGGAAAGCAGAUUGUCAAGAAAGGCUACGUCUAUGGUGGAUCAGUCAAGUUUGUUUGUGACAAGAAUUACACUCUAGUAGGGACUGAUGUUAUAUAUUGUCAAGCUAAUAGGAGUUGGAGUUCCUUUGUUCCACGUUGCUUAGGUAAGUGCCAUGGGUAAAAGAAAAUAAAAGACAUUAGUCCCGGUAACUAAUUUUUUUCAAAGGGUUCUUAAUAGUAGAAAACGACAGUUCAAUUUUUGGUCGUUAAAAAAUGAUCUAUACAUAAAUUAUCAGUAGCAAUAUUGUAGCUUUUAAACGACAAAAGGUCGUAACAAUAGACAAGAAAAGUUCGUCGCGUUGUAUGAAAAAGUUAACUUAUCGUCACACGCGGAAUAAACAAACGUUUAACCCUAAUCUGACCAUGCUUUUUCCCUUUUCUGGCUUCCUAAGACAGGGGAUGUAAAUGUAAAAGUAAAAAAAACUGCUGAUAAUUAACACUGUUGAACACUGUUAAAAUUUGAAUCCAACAUCUACCAUUAGUCAUUUUAUAUUCACUUCUUUUUUACCGAUACGGCGGCAAUAUUGAAUUAAUUAGAAUAUAAGGAGUAUUAUGGGAUGCCCAGGGGUCAUGAGCACCAUCCGAUACACUCACUGAGUAUCUUGGCGAGCUUUUCGGGGCAAUUGUUCUUAAAGUUUUCCAAGAAUAAGAUUUUAAUGGGAAAAGGAACUUUGUACCGUGUUUGGAUGUAAUAAUGAUCGCCUUUUACGUGAGAAAAAGUACAGUGAAAGACCAUACCAGUUUCUUCGGAGUGUCCACAAUUUUAAUUGCUUCUUUUGUUUUUUUUUGCUGUUUAGAACCGAAAAGCGAGCGUAAAUACCGAACGAGUAUAUCGGAUCAAGCUCAUGCCCCCUGGUCAUCCCAUAAUACUCUUUAAAACUAAUUAAUUGCAUAUGGCCGCCGUAUCGGUAAAAAGGUCUAUUGGCCAUUUGCACAUCUCCCAUAAUACACCUCGUUUUCCCCCAAAGUUUUGCAUAACAUUCUUUUCAAUUUCUCCUGGGUAUUGCAGUUUUCACAGGAGAGACUGAAAACGAUGAUUAUGCAAUAUUUUCGGGGCAAACAAGGUGCAUUAUGGGAGAAGUGCAAAUUUGGUCACCAAUAGACAUUGAGUGAAUUAACAGUUAUGACAAAUAUUUAAAUAAUUCUAAAUUGAGUGUGACACAAUAUUUCAGCAAGAAAACGUCGAAAUAAAUCAUUUUUUUAUAGAAAAAAGACGAAUUUCGUAAAACAAGGCUGUUAAACUUGGGUUUGGUAACGUUAAAGUUGACGUACAGUUCGCCAUGUUUUUAAAAUGUUCUUAGAUUAUUUUGUAGCACUAUUGGCUAAGAUUUAUUUUAUAGUUGGAACGAUUUUGAAGAUAUUCAAAGAUAUUACUUGGUCUCAAUACAACAAAAACCAAAUCAAAAUAACUCAGUGAGUUAGUUUCUUUGAAGAACUAAAGAAAUAACGAGCAAUUUGUUUUGUUCCCUUACUUUUUUUCGGUAGCUAAGCUUGAUUUAUUUCGUUUUGAUUAAGCUAACUGUCGCUCACCUGGUGAUUUACAUCAUGGUCUUAAAAUCGGUAAUAACUACACGCACGGAAAAACAGUUCGAUACUCUUGUAACCUUGGGUACACACUUGAGGGCGAGGCUGAACUGACUUGUGUAGAUGGAAGGUGGAACACUGCCACUCCCAAGUGUAAAGGUUAGCGUUCAUUCUUGUUUUUAAAGAUAAAAGCUUGUGUUGAUUUUGGAGGUAAAGCGGGUUGUUUUAUUUGCAACUUUUUAAAUUGCGUGACAGAUUUCGGUAAUGGUUGCAAAAUGAAUUACAUACACCGCAACUUUGAACCGUUUAAAGAAGAAUUAACUGGUGUGCGUCUAUUCAAGUUGCAGUUACUUAAUACCCUGCUUUCUUCAUUUGUUGUAUUAGUUCAUUAUAUGUAAACGACAAAGGCUAAAAAUUAACCACCCUGUAAUUAUUAUAGCUGUUGAGUGUGGUGAUCCUGGUAAACCAGCAAACGGAAAGCAGAUUGUCAAGAAAGGCUACGUCUAUCGUGGAUCAGUCAAGUUUGUUUGUGAUAAGAAUUACACUCUAGUGGGGACUGAUGUUAUAUAUUGUCAAGCUAAUAGGAGUUGGAGUUCCUUUGUUCCACGUUGCUUAGGUAAGUGCCAUGGGUAAAAGAAAAUAAAAGACAUUAGUCCCGGUAACUAAUUUUUUCAAAGGGUUCUUAAUAGUAGAAAACGACAGUUCAAUUUUUGGUCGUUGAAAAAUGAUCCAUACAUAAAUUAGCAGUAGCAAUAUUGUAGCUUUUAAACGACAAAAGGUCGUCACAAUAGACAAGAAAAGUUCGUCGCGUUGUAUGAAAAAGUUAACUUAUCGUCACACAGAAUAAACAAACGUUUAACCCUAAUCUGACCAUGCUUUUUCCCUUUUCUGGCUUCCUAAGACAGGGGAUGUAAAUGUAAAAGUAAAAAAAAACUGCUGAUAAUUAACACUUUUGAACACUGUUAAAAUUUGAAUCCAACAUGUACCAUUAAGUCAUUUUAUAUUCAGUUUUUUUACCGAUACGGCGGCCAUAUUGAAUUAAUUCGAUUUAAGGAGUAUUAUGGGAUGCCCCGGGGGGCAUGAGCACCAUCCGAUACACUCACUGAGUAUCUAGGCGAGCUUUUCGGGGCAAUUGUUCUUAAAGUUUUCCAAGAAUAAGAUUUUAAUGGGAAAAGGAACUUUGUACCGUGUUUGGAUGUAAUAAUGAUCGCCUUUUACGUGAGAAAAAGUACAGUGAAAGACCAUACCAGUUUCUUCGGAGUGUCCACAAUUUUAAUUGCUUCUUUUGUUUUUUUUUGCUGUUUAGAACCGAAAAGCGAGCGUAAAUACCGAACGAGUAUAUCGGAUCAAGCUCAUGCCCCCUGGUCAUCCCAUAAUACUCUUUAAAACUAAUUAAUUGCAUAUGGCCGCCGUAUCGGUAAAAAGGUCUAUUGGCCAUUUGCACAUCUCCCAUAAUACACCUCGUUUUCCCCCAAAGUUUUGCAUAACAUUCUUUUCAAUUUCUCCUGGGUAUUGCAGUUUUCCCAAGAGAGACUGAAAACGAUGAUUAUGCAAUAUUUUCGGGGCAAACAAGGUGCAUUAUGGGAGAAGUGCAAAUUUGGUCACCAAUAGACAUUGAGUGAAUUAACAGUUAUGACAAAUAUUUAAAUAAUUCUAAAUUGAGUGUGACAAUAUUUCAGCAAGAAAGCGUCGAAAUAAAUCAUUUUUUUAUAGAAAAGAGACGAAUUUCGUAAAACAAGGCUGUUAAACUUGGGUUUGGUAACGUUAAAGUUGACGUACAGUUCGCCAUGUUUUUAAAAUGUUCUUAGAUUAUUUUGUAGCACUAUUGGCUAAGAUUUAUUUUAUAGUUGGAACGAUUUUGAAGAUAUUCAAAGAUAUUACUUGGUCUCAAUACAACAAAAUCCAAAUCAAAAUAACUCAGUGAGUUAGUUUCUAUGAAGAACUAAAGAAAUAACGAGCAAUUUGUUUUGUUCCCUUACUUUUUUCGGUAGCUAAGCUUGAUUUUUUUUCUUUCUUAUUAAGCUAACUGUCGCUCACCUGGUGUUUUAAAUCAUGGUCUUAAAAUCGGUAAUAACUAUACACACGGAAAAACAGUUCGAUACUCUUGUAACCUUGGGUACACACUUGAGGGCGAGGCUGAACUGUCUUGUGUAGAUGGAAGAUGGAACACUGCCACUCCUAAGUGUAAAGGUUAGCGUUCAUUCUUGUUUUUUAAAAUAAAAGCUAGUGUUGAUUUGGGAGGUAAAGCAGGCUGUAUUAUUUGAAACUUUUAAAUUGCGUGACAGAUUUUGAUAAUGGUUGCAAAGUGAAUUACAUACCCCCCGCAACUUUGAACCGUUUAAAGAAGAAUUAGCUCGCGUGCGUCUAUUUAAGUUGCAGUUACUUAAUACCCUGCUAUCUUCAUUUCUUGCAUUAGUUCAUUAUAUGUAAAAGACAAAGGCUAAAAAAAAACUAACCACCCUGUAAUUAUUAUAGCUGUUGAGUGUGGUGAUCCUGGAAAACCAGCAAACGGAAAGCAGAUUGUCAAGAAAGGCUACGUCUAUGGUGGAUCAGUCAAGUUUGUUUGUGACAAGAAUUACACUCUAGUAGGGACUGAUGUUAUAUAUUGUCAAGCUAAUAGGAGUUGGAGUUCCUUUGUUCCACGUUGCUUAGGUAAGUGCCAUGGGUAAAAGAAAAUAAAAGACAUUAGUCCCGGUAACUAAUUUUUUCAAAGGGUUCUUAAUAGUAGAAAACGACAGUUCAAUUUUUGGUCGUUGAAAAAUGAUCCAUACAUAAAUUAGCAGUAGCAAUAUUGUAGCUUUUAAACGACAAAAGGUCGUAACAAUAGACAAGAAAAGUUCGUCGCGUUGUAUGAAAAAGUUAACUUAUCGUCACACGGAAUAAACAAACGUUUAACCCUAAUCUGACCAUGCUUUUUCCCUUUUCUGGCUUCCUAAGACAGGGGAUGUAAAUGUAAAAGUAAAAAAAAACUGCUGAUAAUUAACACUUUUGAACACUGUUAAAAUUUGAAUCCAACAUGUACCAUUAAGUCAUUUUAUAUUCAGUUUUUUUACCGAUACGGCGGCCAUAUUGAAUUAAUUCGAUUUAAGGAGUAUUAUGGGAUGCCCCGGGGGGCAUGAGCACCAUCCGAUACACUCACUGAGUAUCUAGGCGAGCUUUUCGGGGCAAUUGUUCUUAAAGUUUUCCAAGAAUAAGAUUUUAAUGGGAAAAGGAACUUUGUACCGUGUUUGGAUGUAAUAAUGAUCGCCUUUUACGUGAGAAAAAGUACAGUGAAAGACCAUACCAGUUUCUUCGGAGUGUCCACAAUUUUAAUUGCUUCUUUUGUUUUUUUUUGCUGUUUAGAACCGAAAAGCGAGCGUAAAUACCGAACGAGUAUAUCGGAUCAAGCUCAUGCCCCCUGGUCAUCCCAUAAUACUCUUUAAAACUAAUUAAUUGCAUAUGGCCGCCGUAUCGGUAAAAAGGUCCAUUGGCCAUUUGCACAUCUCCCAUAAUACACCUCGUUUUCCCCCAAAGUUUUGCAUAACAUUCUUUUCAAUUUCUCCUGGGUAUUGCAGUUUUCCCAGGAGAGACUGAAAACGAUGAUUAUGCAAUAUUUUCGGGGCAAACAAGGUGCAUUAUGGGAGAAGUGCAAAUUUGGUCACCAAUAGACAUUGAGUGAAUUAACAGUUAUGACAAAUAUUUAAAUAAUUCUAAAUUGAGUGUGACACAAUAUUUCAGCAAGAAAGCGUCGAAAUAAAUCAUUUUUUUAUAGAAAAGAGACGAAUUUCGUAAAACAAGGCUGUUAAACUUGGGUUUGGUAACGUUAAAGUUGACGUACAGUUCGCCAUGUUUUUAAAAUGUUCUUAGAUUAUUUUGUAGCACUAUUGGCUAAGAUUUAUCUUAUAGUUGGAACGAUUUUGAAGAUAUUCAAAGAUAUUACUUGGUCUCAAUACAACAAAAUCCAAAUCAAAAUAACUCAGUGAGUUAGUUUCUAUGAAGAACUAAAGAAAUAACGAGCAAUUUGUUUUGUUCCCUUACUUUUUUCGGUAGCUAAGCUUGAUUUUUUUUCUUUCUUAUUAAGCUAACUGUCGCUCACCUGGUGUUUUAAAUCAUGGUCUUAAAAUCGGUAAUAACUAUACACACGGAAAAACAGUUCGAUACUCUUGUAACCUUGGGUACACACUUGAGGGCGAGGCUGAACUGUCUUGUGUAGAUGGAAGAUGGAACACUGCCACUCCUAAGUGUAAAGGUUAGCGUUCAUUCUUGUUUUUUAAAAUAAAAGCUAGUGUUGAUUUGGGAGGUAAAGCAGGCUGUAUUAUUUGAAACUUUUAAAUUGCGUGACAGAUUUUGAUAAUGGUUGCAAAGUGAAUUACAUACCCCGCAACUUUGAACCGUUUAAAGAAGAAUUAGCUCGCGUGCGUCUAUUUAAGUUGCAGUUACUUAAUACCCUGCUAUCUUCAUUUCUUGCAUUAGUUCAUUAUAUGUAAAAGACAAAGGCUAAAAAACUAACCACCCUGUAAUUAUUAUAGCUGUUGAGUGUGGUGAUCCUGGAAAACCAGCAAACGGAAAGCAGAUUGUCAAGAAAGGCUACGUCUAUGGUGGAUCAGUCAAGUUUGUUUGUGACAAGAAUUACACUCUAGUAGGGACUGAUGUUAUAUAUUGUCAAGCUAAUAGGAGUUGGAGUUCCUUUGUUCCACGUUGCUUAGGUAAGUGCCAUGGGUAAAAGAAAAUAAAAGACAUUAGUCCCGGUAACUAAUUUUUUCAAAGGGUUCUUAAUAGUAGAAAACGACAGUUCAAUUUUUGGUCGUUGAAAAAUGAUCCAUACAUAAAUUAGCAGUAGCAAUAUUGUAGCUUUUAAACGACAAAAGGUCGUAACAAUAGACAAGAAAAGUUCGUCGCGUUGUAUGAAAAAGUUAACUUAUCGUCACACGGAAUAAACAAACGUUUAACCCUAAUCUGACCAUGCUUUUUCCCUUUUCUGGCUUCCUAAGACAGGGGAUGUAAAUGUAAAAGUAAAAAAAAACUGCUGAUAAUUAACACUUUUGAACACUGUUAAAAUUUGAAUCCAACAUGUACCAUUAAGUCAUUUUAUAUUCAGUUUUUUUACCGAUACGGCGGCCAUAUUGAAUUAAUUCGAUUUAAGGAGUAUUAUGGGAUGCCCCGGGGGGCAUGAGCACCAUCCGAUACACUCACUGAGUAUCUAGGCGAGCUUUUCGGGGCAAUUGUUCUUAAAGUUUUCCAAGAAUAAGAUUUUAAUGGGAAAAGGAACUUUGUACCGUGUUUGGAUGUAAUAAUGAUCGCCUUUUACGUGAGAAAAAGUACAGUGAAAGACCAUACCAGUUUCUUCGGAGUGUCCACAAUUUUAAUUGCUUUUUUUUUUUUUUUGCUGUUUAGAACCGAAAAGCGAGCGUAAAUACCGAACGAGUAUAUCGGAUCAAGCUCAUGCCCCUGGUCAUCCCAUAAUACUCUUUAAAACUAAUUAAUUGCAUAUGGCCGCCGUAUCGGUAAAAGGGUCUAUUAUUAUUUGCACAUCUCCCAUAAUACACCUCGUUUUCCCCAAAGUUUUGCAUAACAUUCUUUUCAAUUUCUCCUGGGUAUUGCAGUUUUCCCAAGAGAGACUGAAAACGAUGAUUAUGCAAUAUUUUCGGGGCAAACAAGGUGCAUUAUGGGAGAAGUGCAAAUUUGGUCACCAAUAGACAUUGAGUGAAUUAACAGUUAUGACAAAUAUUUAAAUAAUUCUAAAUUGAGUGUGACACAAUAUUUCAGCAAGAAAGCGUCGAAAUAAAUCAUUUUUUUAUAGAAAAGAGACGAAUUUCGUAAAACAAGGCUGUUAAACUUGGGUUUGGUAACGUUAAAGUUGACGUACAGUUCGCCAUGUUUUUAAAAUGUUCUUAGAUUAUUUUGUAGCACUAUUGGCUAAGAUUUAUUUUAUAGUUGGAACGAUUUUGAAGAUAUUCAAAGAUAUUACUUGGUCUCAAUACAACAAAAUCCAAAUCAAAAUAACUCAGUGAGUUAGUUUCUAUGAAGAACUAAAGAAAUAACGAGCAAUUUGUUUUGUUCCCUUACUUUUUUCGGUAGCUAAGCUUGAUUUUUUUUCUUUCUUAUUAAGCUAACUGUCGCUCACCUGGUGUUUUAAAUCAUGGUCUUAAAAUCGGUAAUAACUAUACACACGGAAAAACAGUUCGAUACUCUUGUAACCUUGGGUACACACUUGAGGGCGAGGCUGAACUGUCUUGUGUAGAUGGAAGAUGGAACACUGCCACUCCUAAGUGUAAAGGUUAGCGUUCAUUCUUGUUUUUUAAAAUAAAAGCUAGUGUUGAUUUGGGAGGUAAAGCAGGCUGUAUUAUUUGAAACUUUUAAAUUGCGUGACAGAUUUUGAUAAUGGUUGCAAAGUGAAUUACAUACCCCGCAACUUUGAACCGUUUAAAGAAGAAUUAGCUCGCGUGCGUCUAUUUAAGUUGCAGUUACUUAAUACCCUGCUAUCUUCAUUUCUUGCAUUAGUUCAUUAUAUGUAAAAGACAAAGGCUAAAAAACUAACCACCCUGUAAUUAUUAUAGCUGUUGAGUGUGGUGAUCCUGGCAAACCCACAAAUGGAAGGCAGAUUGUCAAGAAAGGCUACGUCUAUGGUGGAUCAGUCAAGUUUGUUUGUGAGAAGAAUCAUACUCUAGUGGGGACUGAUGUUAUAUAUUGUGAGGCUAAUAGGAGUUGGAGUUCCUUUGUUCCACGUUGCUUAGGUAAGUGCCAUGGGUAAGAGAAAAUAAAAGACAUUAGUCCCGCUAACUAAUUUUUUCAAAGGGUUCUGAAUAGUAAAGAACGACAGUUCAAUUUUUGGUCGUUAAAAAAUGAUCUAUUCAUAAAUUAUCAGUAGCAAUAUUGUAGCUUUUAAACGACAAAAGCUCGUAAUAAUAGACAGGAAAAGUUCGUCGCGUUGUAUGAAAAAGUGAACUUAUCGUCACACGGAAUAAACAAACGUUUAACCCUAAUCUGACCAUGCUUUUUCCCUUUUCUGGCUUCCUAAGACAGGGGAUGUAAAUGUAAAAGUAAAAAAAAAAAACUGCGGAUAAUUAACACUUUUGAACACUGUUGAAAUUUGAAUCCAACAUCUACCAUUCAGUCAUUUUAUAUUCCGUUUUUUUACCGAUACGGCGGCCAUAUUGAAUUAAUUAGAUUUAAGGAGUAUUAUGGGAUGCCUAGGAGGCAUGAGCACAAUCCGAUACACUCACUGAGUAUCUUGGCGAGCUUUUCGGGGCAAUUUUUUCUUAAAGUUUUCCAAGAAUAAGAUUUUAAUGGGAAAAAGGAACUUUGUACCGUGUUUGGAUGUAAUAAUGAUCGCCUUUUACGUGAGAAAAAGUACAGUAAAAGACCAUACCAGUUUCUUCGGAGUGUCCACAAUUUUAAUUGCUUCUUUUUUCUUUUGCUGUUUAGAACCGAAAAGCGAGCGUAAAUACAGAACGAGUAUAUCGGAUCAAGCUCAUGCCCCCUGGGCAUCCCAUAAUACUCUUUAAAACUAAUUAAUUGCAUAUGGCCGCCGUAUCGGUAAAAAGGUCUAUUGGCCAUUUGCACAUCUCCCAUAAUACACCUCGUUUUCCCCCAAAGUUUUGCAUAACAUUCUUUUCAAUUUCUCCUGGGUAUUGCAGUUUUCACAGGAGAGACUGAAAACGAUGAUUAUGCAAUAUUUUCGGGGCAAACAAGGUGCAUUAUGGGAGAAGUGCAAAUUUGGUCACCAAUAGACAUUGAGUGAAUUAACAGUUAUGACAAAUAUUUAAAUAAUUCUAAAUUGAGUGUGACACAAUAUUUCAGCAAGAAAACGUCGAAAUAAAUCAUUUUUUUUAUAGAAAAAAGACGAAUUUCGUAAAACAAGGCUGUUAAACUUGGGUUUGGUAACGUUAAAGUUGACGUACAGUUCGCCAUGUUUUUAAAAUGUUCUUAGAUUAUUUUGUAGGACUAUUGGCUAAGAUUUAUUUUAUAGUUGGAACGAUUUUGAAGAUAUUCAAAGAUAUUACUUGGUCUCAAUACAACAAAAACCAAAUCAAAAUAACUCAGUGAGUUAGUUUCUAUGAAGAACUAAAGAAAUAACGAGCAAUUUGUUUUGUUCCCUUACUUUUUUCGGUAGCUAAGCUUGAUUUUUUUUCUUUCUUAUUAAGCUAACUGUCGCUCACCUGGUGUUUUAAAUCAUGGUCUUAAAAUCGGUAAUAACUAUACACACGGAAAAACAGUUCGAUACUCUUGUAACCUUGGGUACACACUUGAGGGCGAGGCUGAACUGUCUUGUGUAGAUGGAAGAUGGAACACUGCCACUCCCAAGUGUAAAGGUUAGCGUUCAUUCUUGUUUUUUAAAAUAAAAGCUAGUUUUGAUUUGGGAGGUAAAGCAGGCUGUAUUAUUUGAAACUUUUAAAUUGCGUGACAGAUUUCGAUAAUGGUUGCAAAGUGAAUUACAUACCCCGCAACUUUGAACCGUUUAAAGAAGAAUUAGCUCGCGUACGUCUAUUCAAGUUGCAGUUACUUAAUACCCUGCUAUCUUCAUUUCUUGCAUUAGUUCAUUAUAUGUAAAAGACAAAGGCUAAAAAACUAACCACCCUGUAAUUAUUAUAGCUGUUGAGUGUGGUGAUCCUGGAAAACCAGCAAACGGAAAGCAGAUUGUCAAGAAAGGCUACGUCUAUGGUGGAUCAGUCAAGUUUGUUUGUGAGAAGAAUCAUACUCUAGUGGGGACUGAUGUUAUAUAUUGUGAGGCUAAUAGGAGUUGGAGUUCCUUUGUUCCACGUUGCUUAGGUAAGUGCCAUGGGUAAGAGAAAAUAAAAGACAUUAGUCCCGCUAACUAAUUUUUUCAAAGGGUUCUGAAUAGUAAAGAACGACAGUUCAAUUUUUGGUCGUUAAAAAAUGAUCUAUUCAUAAAUUAUCAGUAGCAAUAUUGUAGCUUUUAAACGACAAAAGCUCGUAAUAAUAGACAGGAAAAGUUCGUCGCGUUGUAUGAAAAAGUGAACUUAUCGUCACACGGAAUAAACAAACGUUUAACCCUAAUCUGACCAUGCUUUUUCCCUUUUCUGGCUUCCUAAGACAGGGGAUGUAAAUGUAAAAGUAAAAAAAAAAAACUGCGGAUAAUUAACACUUUUGAACACUGUUGAAAUUUGAAUCCAACAUCUACCAUUCAGUCAUUUUAUAUUCCGUUUUUUUACCGAUACGGCGGCCAUAUUGAAUUAAUUAGAUUUAAGGAGUAUUAUGGGAUGCCGAGGAGGCAUGAGCACAAUCCGAUACACUCACUGAGUAUCUUGGCGAGCUUUUCGGGGCAAUUUUUUCUUAAAGUUUUCCAAGAAUAAGAUUUUAAUGGGAAAAAGGAACUUUGUACCGUGUUUGGAUGUAAUAAUGAUCGCCUUUUACGUGAGAAAAAGUACAGUAAAAGACCAUACCAGUUUCUUCGGAGUGUCCACAAUUUUAAUUGCUUCUUUUUUCUUUUGCUGUUUAGAACCGAAAAGCGAGCGUAAAUACAGAACGAGUAUAUCGGAUCAAGCUCAUGCCCCCUGGGCAUCCCAUAAUACUCUUUAAAACUAAUUAAUUGAAUAUAGCCGCCGUAUCGGUAAAAAGGUCUAUUGGCCAUUUGCACAUCUCCCAUAAUACACCUCGUUUUCCCCCAAAGUUUUGCAUAACCAUCUUUUCAAUUUCUCCUGGGUAUUGCAGUUUUCUCAGGAGAGACUGAAAACGGUGAUCAUACAAUAUUUUCGGGGCAAAGAAGGUGCAUUAUGGGAGAAGUGCAAAUUUGGUCACCAAUAGACAUUGAGUGAAUUAAGAGUUAUGACAAAUAUUUAAAUAAUUCUAAAUUGAGUGUGACACAAUAUUUCAGCAAGAAAACCUCGAGAUAAAUCAUUUUUUUUUUAUAGAAAAAAGACGAAUUUCGUAAAACAAGGCUGUUAAACUUGGGUUUGGUAACGUUAAAGUUGACGUACAGGUCGCCAUGUUUUUAAAAUGGUCUUAGAUUAUUUUGUAGGACUAUUGGCUAAGUUUUAUUUUAUAGUUUGAACGAUUUUAAAGAUAUUCAAAGAUAUUACUUGGUCUCAAUAAAACAAAAUCGAAAUCAAAAUAACUCAGUGAGUUAGUUUCUAUAAAGAACUAAAGAAAUAACCAGCAAUUUGUUUUGUUCCCUUACUUUUUUCGGUAGCUAAGCUUUAUUUUUUUUCUUUCUGAUUAAGCCAACUGUCGCUCACCUGGUGUUUUAAAUCAUGGUCUUAAAAUCGGUAAUAACUAUACACACGGAAAAACAGUUCGAUACUCUUGUAACCUUGGGUACACACUUGAGGGCGAAGCUGAACUGUCUUGUGUAGAUGGAAGAUGGAACACUGCCACUCCCAAGUGUAAAGGUUAGCGUUCAUUCUUGCUUUUUAAAAUAAAAGCUAGUGUUGAUUUGAGAGGUAAAGCAGGUUGUAUUAUUUGCAACUUUUAAAUUGCGUGACAGAUUUCGAUAAUGGUUGCAAAGUGAAUUACAUACCCCGCAACUUUGAACCGUUUAAAGGAGAAUUAGCUCGCGUGCGUCUAUUCAAGUUGCAGUUACGUAAUACCCUGCUAUCUUUAUUUCUUGCAUUAGUUCAUUAUAUGUAAAAGACAAAGGCUAAAAAACUAACAACCCUAUAAUUAUUAUAGCUGUUGAGUGUGGUGAUCCUGGAAAACCAGCAAACGGAAAGCAGAUUGUCAAGAAAGGCUACGUCUAUGGUGGAUCAGUCAAGUUUGUUUGUGAUAAGAAUUACACUCUAGUGGGGACUGAUGUUAUAUAUUGUCAAGCUAAUAGGAGUUGGAGUUCCUUUGUUCCACGUUGCUUAGGUAAGUGCCAUGGGUAAGAGAAAAUAAAAGACAUUAGUCCCGCUAACCAGUUUUUUUUUUCAAACAGUUUUUUAAAGGGAUGAAACACAGCUACAUUUCUUGGUCGUUAAAAAAUGAUCUACACAUAAAUGAUCAUUAGAAAUAUUGUAGCUUUUAAACGGCAAAGGUUCGAGAAAACAUGACAAAACUUAUCGUCACACUUAAUAAACAAAAGUUUUACCCUAAUCUAACCAUGCUUUUUUUUCCUUUUCUGGCUUCCUACGACAGAGAAGUGUGGGAGGCUCCCAUGGAUAACUUAAAACAGUUCAUAACACAUCCACCAAAAUUACACCUAAUAACGUACUCAUCAUUUUCAACAUCUAGGGAUAACUAACGUGAUUUGACGUACUUAUGACGUACGAUUGUUUUGAGUUAUAAGCAGAAUCAAAAUUUCAUAAUUUUUUUUUGUCUAGGAGUAGCCAUGAAGCGAAAAAUGCUCAAAUAGUGGAAUGUUUGAAAAAAAUUAUGAAGCUGGCUAACACACGGAUAAUGUUUAACAAUAGCAGUGGCUUCAUGAUUACUUUGUUUAUUGCUAGACAACGUACUGGAAUAACGCCAUAUUAUUUAAAUCUGCCAUUUUGAAUUAAUUUUGUUCAAAACCGAGUGAUGCUCAAUGUACCAAGUCAAUAUAUACACUAUUGUGUGGUUUCAUCGUGUGGAGAUAAUUGUGUUAUUGUUUACGCGGGUUAGGGAUCAUUGUUGUGUUCUUUCUGACGUAACUCUAGAUUGCUAUUCACUUGAUGUAUAGUACACCAGCUCAAUUAAAAACGCAUGUAAAUCGAGGAAACCGUGAUAUUAUAUACGACCUGUGUAUUUAAGUUUGCUUAAAAAGCAAAAAAUAAAAUAAAGAGUAAAAAUACCGAUGUAAAUGUAAAAUUAAAGUAAAGGGAAAAAAACUGCUAGUAAUCAGUGAGUAAUUAACCUUGUUCAACACUGUUGAAAUUAGAAUUCAACUUCUACCGUUAAGUUAUUUUAUAUUCAAGUUUUUGAAUUGACUAUUUGCACCUCGGCCACAAGACACCUCGUUUGCCCCCUAAAGUUGGUGUUUUGUGUUUGGAAGCCCUGUAGAUUUGAAUUAAGUUUGAGCAAGGCAUGUGGUGGGUUGUUUGUAACUGGCUCUGACUACAGAUGGCAUUGCGGGAGGGCGUAAGGGAGAGCUUGCAAAAAAUAUAAGACAUCUAAAUAUGUCAACGGCUCUUGUUUACCCCUUCAUCGCUUUAGAGCAUUUACUUUAAGCCGAAACUUGCUCAAAUUCGAGCACUUUUAACAAACGCUUAACCCUGAAGCUAAUGCUUGCAUAAUCAAAUAGGUUUAUAUUUGUUUCAAGACCAAAAUAUGAAUUGAUUGUGUCUAGUUUAUACACCGAGACUGAUUGGAGGACGUUGGCCUGGAGAGGGCAGAGUGGAGAUUUAUUACAGCGGUACCUGGGGAACUGUUUGUGACGAUAAUUGGGAUGAAAAUGCUGCUCGAGUUGUCUGUCGUCAACUUGGGUAUCCUUCUGCUGUCAGUGCUCCAAACAGUGCACGGUUUGGUCGAGGAAAUGGAACGAUUUGGCUGGACGAUGUUCAGUGUCAGGGAAAUGAAAGUUCCAUUGUGAAUUGUCGACACCGUCCAUGGGGUGAGCAUAACUGUGGACACCAUGAGGAUGCAUCAGUGAUCUGUUCAAGUAAGCGUAUUAAUAAAUAGAUUGUAAUUUAUAAUUAUUAUAGCUUUCAUUAGAAUUGAGACGAAUGUCAAUUACAAUGGACCCUCUCGAGGCACGUCCGAAUUGAAGGGAAAAUUCAAGGGGAGUCCCAGGAAAAUGUUCACAUACAUAACCUUUUUAUUUGUUACCUUUGUUAAAAGGGACAUCUCUUUCAGGGGAAAGGAACACUUUUCUGGAUCCCGAAACCCGGCUUUAACCUCCAUUCAAGGGACAUUUUAAUGAGCAGACAAAAGCUGACUAAUGGCAAAUUCGUUGAUAAGUUUAAAUGUUCACUAGUCACAAUGGCGACAGCUUUCAAAACAUGAACUAUCUCACUGGAAAACGAUGUAUUACACUUGCGCGAUUUCAACACACCACAUGACAGAGAUAAGUUAAUCAGGAUUUCUUUGUACAUUAUUUAGAAGCUGGAGCAGAUUCCGAGGCAGAAUGAAAAAAGCAGGUUUAUUUGUUUGCUAAUUAUUAACAAACCCCAGCCCAUUACCUCCAUUCAGGGCGGACACCUAUGCUCAGGCUAAACUUGCCUUGGACCCGAGAAUUUCUCGAUAUUUUGGGUGGGCAGGGUGUUAUACGGAGUUUGUGCGAUUCUAUUUAUUAUUAGAAAUAAUGAAAUUACUGACUAUAUAAUUGUAGACCCAUUGAAAUAGUUUAUAUUGUGCAAAGCAGGAUCUAUUACUUGACACGCGUCACAUGAGUGUGACUAUUUGAAACUGUUCCACAGAUAAUUUUUUCCUACUCUUAUUAGCUUGCAGUUCAUAGUAUUUCUAUUAAAAUUUCACGUACGCAACCAUUUGCACAAACCUCUGGUCACAAAUCGUUUAAUUAACUACUAUAUGAUAUAUCACAGCAUGAUUGGUGUAAUACAUAUAAGGGGCUUUGCAAUCAUCCCCACACUCUCACCUUUGAUUCGCCACUGCUGUUCAAACUUGAUUCAGCGUUGUCAAGAAAGAAUUUAACAGCCGCCAUUGAAAAUAUUCUGCUGUUUUUUUUCGCUUUGAGGGUUUGAUUUCUGGACUUGAUUAAAUUUGCGCGGACGCUUCAGGAAUAAGACUUUCGUUUAAUUACAACCACUAAAAAUAAAUUUAGUGAAAUUCACAUACCCACGCCAACACGUUAAGAUUCCCUCUCUGCCAGUCCCAUUAAACUCUAUUGGCUAGUAUGUCGAGGCGUUUUCAUGGACAGUUUUAUUUUUAAAUCAAGUUUCGCGGGGAAAUUCAAGUUAAGUUCUGUUCCUCAUUAAUACGGUCAUCGAAGAGGUAGCUGAAAGAUGACCGCCUUAUACCGCUCUCUUGGUGGUUGCUCUUUCAAAAUGAAAAUUCCUAGCCUUGUUUUGUUACAUUGCACAGUAUUCCUCUAUUUCUUUGCACAAUUCAGUCGAAUAGCAUCGCAGACGUUCCGUGCAGAUUACACAAAAAUACGAAGUUUUCCAUUUUAAGAUAUUCGGUGUGCAUGACAGGAUAACAGAUGGGGAAAUAGAGUUGUUUGUUUUUUCGCCUUGUUUGUUCGUUCUUUAAAACCCCAGUAAGAAUUGACCUCUAACUUAUACACUAGCAAAUUUGAGACUGAUUGGAGGAAGUGGGCCUGGAGAGGGAAGAGUGGAGAUCUAUUACAGAGGUACCUGGGGAACUGUUUGUGACGAUAAUUGGGAUAAAAAUGAUGCUCGAGUUGUUUGUCGUCAACUUGGGUAUUCGUCUGUUGUCAGUGCUCCACACAGUGCACGGUUUGGUCAAGGAAGUGGAAAGAUUUGGCUGGACGAUGUUCAGUGUCAGGGAAAUGAAAGUUCCAUUGUGAAUUGUCGACACAAUCGAUGGGGUGUGCAUAACUGUGGACACAACAGGGAUGCAUCAGUGAUCUGUUCAAGUAAGCGUAUUAAUAAAUAGAUUGUAAUUUAUAAUCAUUAAAGCUUUUAUUAGAAUUGAGCCGAAUUUCAAUUACCAAUGGACCCUUUCGGGACACCUCCGUAUUUAAGGGAAAAUUCAGGGGAGUCCCAGGAAAAUGUUCACGUACAUAACCUUUUUAUUUGUUACCUCUAUUGAAGGGAUGUCUCUGUUAAGGGAAAGGAACACUUUUUUCUGGGUCCCGAAACCCGGCUUUAACCUCCAUUCAAGGGACAUUUUAAUCAGCACCCAAAAGCUGACUAAAGGCAAAAUUCGUUGAUAAGUUGAAGUGUUUACUAGUCACAAUGGCGACAGCUUUCAAAACAUGAACUAUCUCACUUGAAAACGAUGUAUUACACUUGCGCGACUCCGACACACCACAUGACAGAGAUAAGUUAAUCACGAUUUUUUUGUACAUUAUCUAGAUGCUUGAAAUAAUGACUGCAGCAGAUUCCGAGGCAGAAUAAAAAAUGCAUUUUUAUUUGUUAGUUAAUCAUUAACAAACCCCAGCCCAACCUCCAUUCAGGGCGGACACCUCUGAUCAGGCUAAACUUGCGUUGGGCCCGAGAAUUUCUCGAUAUUUUGAGUGGGCAAACUUUUGUAAUACGUAGUUUGUAUGAUUCUACUUACUAUUAGACAUACUGAAAUUACUGACUAUAUAAUUGUAGACCCAUUGGAAUUGUUUACAUUGUGCAAAGGAGGAUCUAUUACUUGACAGGCGUCACAUGAGUGUGACUCUUUGAAACUGUUCCACCAUAAUUUUUCCUACUCUUACUAGCUUGCAGUUCGUAGUAUUUCCAUUAAAAUUUCACCUUCGCAGCCAUUUGCACAAACCUCUAGUCACAAAUCGCUUAAUUAACUGCUAAAUGAUAUAUCACAGCAUGAUUGCUGUAAUACAUAAGGGGCUUUGUAAUCAUCCCCGCACACUCACCUUUGAUUUGCCACUGUUGUUGAAACUUGAUUCAGCGUUGUCAAGAGAGAAUUCAAAAGAAGCCUUAGGAAUAAGACUUCCGUUUAAUUACAACCACUAAAAAUAAAUGUAGUGAAAUUCACAUAUCCACGCCAACACGUUAAGAUUUGCUCUCUGCCGGUCCCAUUAAACUCUCUUGGCUAGUAUAGCCUUAGUAUGUCGAGGCGUUUUCACGGACAGUUUUAUUUUUCAAUCAAGUUUCGCGGGGAAAUUCAAGUUAAGUUCUGUUCCUCAAUAAUAAAUAUAGUCAUCGAAGAGAGAGCUGAAAGAUGACGGCCUUAUACCGGUCUCUUGGUGUUUGCUCUUUCAAAAUGAAAAUUCCUAGCCUUGUUCUGUUACAUUUCGCAGUAUUCCCCUAUUUCUUUGCACUUUUCAGUCGAAUAGCAUCGCAGAAGUUCCGUGCAGAUUACACAAAAAUACGAAGUUCUCCAUUUUAAAAUAUUCGGUGUGCAUGACAGGAUAACAGAUGGGGGAAUAGAGUUGUUUGUUUGUUUUUCAAAACUCAAAUAAGAAUUUACCUCUAACUUAUACACUAGCAACUUUGAGACUGAUUGGAGGAAGUUGGCCUGGAGAGGGCAGAGUGGAGAUCUAUUACAGCGGUAGAUGGGGAACUGUUUGUGACGAUAAUUGGGAUAAAAAUGAUGCUCGAGUUGUCUGUCGUCAACUUGGGUAUUCGUUUGCUGUCAGUGCUCCACACAGUGCACAGUUUGGUCAAGGAAGUGGAAAGAUUUGGCUGGAUGAUGUUCAGUGUAAGGGAAAUGAAAGUUCCAUUGUGAGUUGUCGACACUAUCCAUGGGGUGUGCAUAACUGUGGACACGACGAGGAUGCAUCAGUGAUCUGUUCAAGUAAGCGCGAUAAUAAAUAG